AUGGUUGCCGAGCUCCUGCGUCUGAGGUUCCACGACGACCAGGUGAAGCGCCGGCUGGAGGCCGCCUACACCAAUGUAAAGAUGGCGUUGGCGUGGCAGCUAUUUGCCAACGUCAUUUCUCAAUCGCUGGGCAUGGUGAUCCAGCAAGAGCAGGUAAAAGUCUUCUCUAAGUACCGGAAGUUGAAGCGUAUGUAUCGAAAGGAACGGCGCGAGUUAACGCAAACAGGAAACAACCCUAGUCAACGAGAGAUUGAUGAAGAGCUCUGGGCCAUUUUGCAUGAUGCAUUUUCACCGCAUGAAGGCAUCAGCGGUGAGGUAUUGUUCGACUCGUAG